AUGUCGUCCAAGGUCGGGAGCGGCAGCCUUAGCCCGCCGGCCGCGGCGUCGGCGGCGGCGGUGGAGGACACGAGCAGCCACUGGGCUCCGCACGGGCCGGUGCUGACGGCCUGCGUCGUCGGCAUCAACGUGCUCAUGAUCCUCCUCAUCUUCUUCUUCUUCUGGCGGUACUUCCCCGGGAAACGGGGACCGUCCGCAUCAUCCGGCGCCCACGACGGCGACGACGACGACGACGCGUCGUCAUCCGCGUCGCUGCCCGUGGCCUCCCCGUGGGCGUGGGCGUCCCGCCCGCGGCGCAGCAGCAAGGACCACGGCCCGCAGCCGGUGGACGACGUGGCGUCGGCGCUGCCCGUGUACGUGUACUCCAGUAGUGCCGGCGCCGGCGCCGGCGAAGGUGGGAUUGGGAAGGCCCCCGAGUGCGCGGUGUGCAUCGUGGAGCUCCGCGACGGCGACUCGGCGCGCCUCCUCCCGCGCUGCGGGCACCGGUUCCACGCCGACUGCGUGGGCGCGUGGCUGCGGCUCCACGCCACGUGCCCGCUUUGCCGCGCCAGCGUCGUGGCGGCCGCCGAUGAGUCCAGGGACGGCAAGGACGAUGAUGGCGGCGUCCGCGCGGAUUGUCCCGUGUGA